GGGUAUCCAAGCACGAGCUGCCAAGAUGCACGCGUAAGCGUGCCAAGACGCACUGUCAUUUUCGGUCGUUGCACUUCACGAAAAUGUUGGUGCACGUCGCCGCCGUUACCAUACUCGUUAACAUCGCCGUUAUAGAGUUGGAUUCCUUUUAUUCUCAUUCAUCGAGGAAAGUUUUGGAUGUGAACUCAGUGGCCGAGAGCCCGCUCCACCGUGUGUUCGUCUACGGCACGUUGAAGCGAGGCGAGCCGAAUCACGGACUCAUCAAGGACGCAGCGAACGGCUACGCCAAGUUCCUGGGCCUCGGUAGGACGACGGUCCCGUAUCCUUUGGUGAUCGCCACGAAGUACAACAUUCCCUUUCUGCUCAAGAAACCCAACGUCGGCAACUACGUACUUGGGGAAAUAUAUGACAUGGACUCCAAUAUGCUGGCAAGAUUGGACGAACUGGAGGAGCACCCUAAGUUUUAUGAACGAACAGAAGAGAAGGUCUUGCUAGCGCCGGAAUCUGCGCUCAAACCUGAAAAGACUUUCGAGGAGGUAAGUGAGUCGACGAGAGCCUGGAUAUACUUUCUGCCAAAAUACAGAUCUUCUCUACUGGAUGGCCCCAUGUAUGAGUCUUAUAAUAACAAUGGAAGUCACGGGUUAAAGUACUGCGAAAACGACGAGGAUGCGUCGAGUCUCGACGACGUUCUCUGAAUAUUCGAUUGGAUUAUAGCAAACACUCUAUCCCACGGUACUGUUAAUCUUCGGAAUAAACGAUUCGAGGAAAGUGACGACGCAGAAAGUAACAAGUGACUUAUAAUGCUAUCUUGUAUCGCUCGCACAAUAACAUAAAAUUGUAUUUCUAGGGAGACACUCCAUCUCUCUCUUCCAAAUCUAAUUAUAGAUAAAAAUUAUAUUAUUUAUAUGUGUAUAUAUAUAUAUAUAUAUAUAAAUUGUUUUAUAUUCGGUGUAAUAACAAUUGUUCCUGCAUUAACAAUGUAAUAAUCAAUUUUUUCAGAUUCUUGAAUAGAGAGAAUUAGCCGACAA